AUGUCAUCAUCAGGUAAGAUCUACAGGCCAGCGGCCGGGCCUCUUUGUUCCCCGCCGUGUAAGCACCUAUGUCUAACAAUGAAGACAAAGAGCGGCCGUCUUUGUUACACUACCGCUCUUUCUGUUUCUCUAUCUCUCCCGCACACAGACAACCCUCGCAAAGAGGACCACGAGAUUCUGACGCAUACUGUAGUAGCACUCAUCGGCGCAGAAGCAUUGGCCCCCAACAUGGUUCGAGCAGGCACGCCGUGGUCCCGUUGGGUGAAACACAUGACCACGGUAUACAAUGAAUCGCCUCCCCUACGACGUCGAAAACGAUUAAUCCAGAAUAUCAGCGUCGAUUGGAGGAAACUCGGGGACAACAAGGCCACGGUCACCGGAGCGCUAGACUUGGUCUACGAUUGCAUAGAUGAUGUGGCAGCCCUCCACCGUGGCUUGACGGCGGAAGAGUGGACAACGCCACAAGAAGAAGAACAGACUUAUCGAGCUUAUAUGACUGGUAUGGACGCAGCGAUUCGAAGCAUAGAGGUCCUGAUCCAUCUGCAGUAUCGGCUCGGGCGAGCGAUCUAUCCAGGGCCGAGUCUCUACUGGGCAAGUGCUCUUCGUGAUCUCUGGCUCGAGAACCGCGAAGCAGUACAAGUGAGGCUGCGGCAAUUGACACCUGACGCUGCUCAAGUGGGUGUAAUCGGAGACGACACACAGCUCGAACAACUUGCGGCCCAACGACAAGCCCUGGCACUGCAACAGACUCCCGAGGAGAUGUUGUUAGCAAGAGACGGCUGGAACGGUGGAUGGCCCUUGGGCAGUGGAGGCCAAGGCCACGUCAAUCUUUGGGCACGAGUGACUCGCGGGGGCCAAGUUGUAGAGAGGAUGGCAGUCAAGGACAUAUGGCUCAGCGCGACCGAUUGGACAUCUGCGGCAGCUUGGGUCGGCAAUGUCUUCGACAUAGAGGACCGCGUUCCAACUGAGGUUCAUGCGAUGCGGGUACUGAGAGACGAAGCGCACAGCGACAAGACCGUGUCCAUGGUGGAGUGGGCACCACAUUGGUCGAACCGCAUGUACAGAAUCUUCAUGGAGUUCUGUCCGUAUAUGACCUUGUGGGACGUUGCUGGCUUCAAUAAAGUUCGCCAAGACGAGUUCCCGGAGGAGUUCGAGCGCGUUGACGACAACCUGGAUAACAUCAAACUGCCCGAACCAUUCUUAUGGCAUUGUUUCGAGAGUCUCGUGCAAGCUGCCACCAGCCUGGAGUGCAAAAACACAAAUGAUGUCAGUUUAGAGGGCAAAAAGACCAUAGUACACCGCGACAUCAAGCCAGGGAAUAUCUUCUUGGGGGAGAGAUCCGUCGAAACAUUCGCGCCAUAUCCUACGCCGAAACUCGGUGACUUUGGCCUGUGUCUGUUCACGUCGGACGACGAUCCUUUCAAUCCGUCGGGCUAUGUCGGUUUAGGCACGACAGGCUUCAUGGCCCCCGAGCAUCUCCACACGUACAACGCUGCCGUGGACGACUUGGGUCGACCAAGAGAUCCUGCAAAGCUCGGCCACAAGACGAGUAUUUGGGGUAUUGGAAAGACAAUGCUUCAGCUCAUGAACAUGGCUGAUACAUAUGUCAAUCCACAACCACACCAAGUCCCAGAGUUCGACGCGGUGGCUCUCGUCUACAGCAAAGAAUUGCGUGAUAAUGUCCGUUCGUGCUUGGCCUGGAACCCGAGCGACAGGCCAAACCUGGACGACCUGCAAACAAUGAUCCUCCAAUACACCGGGCCUGGUGGCGGAGACCUUGAUCAUGCUGGCGAAAUGAGAGAUUUUGACAUUCUCACUGAGACCGUUCCGAGGCAGUUCGAACUGCAAUUGAGAGUGCAGAGAUGGCCGCUUCGUGAAGACCUAAUGCUAGAAGCCGGAAUGCCAGGGACCGAUCUCGUCCUGCCGGAUGAAGACGCCAACGAGAGCGAGGCUGAAGUAGAGGACAAUACAGACGAAUCCGAGGACGAAAGCCAGGACGAAAGUGGAGACGAUGAUUCCGAUGAGGAUGAUGAGUCAAGUUAA